CGUGCGUGCCGUGCGUGCCAUGCGUGAGCGUGCGCGGGCGCGUCGGCCGGCGAGGGAGCAGCAAACGGCCGGCGGCAGGCGCCGCGCGGGGGGCGGGCGGCGCGGAGGCGGCGGUGGUCAUGGCCGAGGCGUCGCCGCAGCCCGGACGGUACUUCUGCCACUGCUGCUCGGUGGAGAUCGUGCCGCGCCUGCCGGAUUACAUCUGCCCAAGGUGCGAGUCUGGCUUCAUCGAGGAGCUUCCAGAAGAGACCAGGAACACAGAGAAUGGCUCAGCCCCCUCCACAGCCCCCACCGACCAGAACCGGCAGCCAUUUGAGAAUGUGGACCAGCACCUGUUCACGCUGCCGCAGGGAUACAGCCAGUUUGCUUUUGGCAUCUUUGACGAUAGCUUUGAGAUUCCCACGUUCCCUCCUGGGGCCCAGGCCGAUGAUGGCAGGGACCCUGAGAGCCGACGGGAGAGAGAACACCAGUCUCGGCAUCGGUAUGGGGCCCGGCAGCCCCGUGCCCGCCUCACUGCCCGGCGGGCCACUGGCCGGCAUGAAGGUGUCCCUACGCUGGAAGGGAUCAUCCAGCAGCUCGUGAAUGGCAUCAUCUCUCCGGCCGCUGUGCCCAGCCUGGGCCUUGGUCCCUGGGGCGUCCUGCACUCGAACCCAAUGGACUACGCCUGGGGGGCCAACGGCCUGGACACCAUCAUCACGCAGCUACUCAAUCAGUUUGAGAACACUGGCCCCCCACCUGCAGACAAGGAGAAGAUUCAGGCUCUCCCCACAGUCCCAGUCACAGAGGAGCACGUGGGCUCAGGGCUCGAGUGCCCAGUGUGUAAAGAAGACUACGCGCUGGGUGAGAGUGUGCGGCAGUUGCCCUGCAACCACCUGUUCCAUGACAGCUGCAUCGUGCCCUGGCUGGAGCAGCAUGACAGCUGCCCGGUCUGCCGUAAGAGCCUCACUGGACAGAACACAGCCACCAAUCCCCCGGGCUUGACCGGUGUAGGUUUCUCCUCGUCCUCGUCCUCAUCCUCCUCCAGCUCGCCCAGCAACGAGAACGCCACAAGCAACUCCUGAGUCCCACCUGGCCAUCCCCCCCGGGGUUUGGUCAUCCCACCCACCCCAGGUGCCCCAGCACCGCCCGCCAUGGCUGUGGACUAGAGGUGCUGCCCGUGGCGGCCGGCAGCACCUGGCGGGCCCCAGGCUGCGGGCAGGCUCGGACGUGGCCAUGGCCGCUCCUUUUUGGAGGUGUGCGCGUGGGUCCCUGUCCCCAGUGGGCGCCUUCAGUCUUAACCUCACCCUCCAAAUGCUCAGCGGCAGAAGGGUUUUAUGAUUUUAAAUUAUUACUGCUUUGAAAUAAAUGGACGUUUGAGCCACGUGCGGCCAUGCAUGGUCUGUGGAGAGUCAGCAGAAGUGUCGCCAGGCCCAGCCCGCCACACGCCCUGGGAGGCCGGGCCCAGCACCCAACCAGCGCCGGCCUCGGGACCACAAGGGUGACCAGCAGACCCAGGAACAAACUGCUCCAGCAGACAAUUUUUUUUUUUUUUUUUUAAAGGGAAAUGUGUGUUAUCUGGAAAGCUAUUUAAAAUACACCUACUCAAAAAAGCAGA